AUGGUCAAUGACAUUCGCUGCUUAGCUUGCAGUGCAACAUUUGGUUCACGCAAGCAGCUUGCAGUGCAUACAAGUCAAUGUGCUCUUAACAUUAUCUUUACUGAUCAAAUAUUUGACCGCAAGCGCAAAUUAGACAAGAAGAAAAGGAGGCAAGACAAGAGGGUCCGCUGUGAUAAGUCCCCUGAGCGCAUUCCUGGUGAUGUUUAUAUCCCAGAGCAGCCAGGGGUUCAAGACCCAACAUUCACCAAUAAUGAAGAUCCUUAUAUUGAUGUUGAAAUGGCUCGCCCUCCAUCUCCCUCACCUCCUCCCAUUAACCCCGUCGUCUCUCAGUGCUCUGGACGGAAAAUCCGAAUGCCUGCUCGCUUUGCAGACUUCCUACCAGGGAGCGCAACUCACCUUGCCCACAUGCCACCCACUGCUCGUCAGCAACGCAGACAUGAUGUCAUCGCAGAUCAACACGUGGAUCAAAACUCUAUGCCUCGUUCCCCUUCCCCCGAAACAUCAGAGCAUGAGGACACACCCCCGGUCCUUAUUCCUUUUCAAAUGGAAGCGGAUGACGCAGGGCUCUAUCGCAUCUACAUUACCCGGCCCAGCAACAUCCCCAACAACGAUACCCUUGAGGCUGUAACUGAUGCUCCAACACUUGCCAGGGACGAUCAGAUUCCUUGA